UGUAAAGGGUUGACUAUGGUUAAGAAUGAGGUGGAGGGGGUACAAGCAAUCAUGUCAAUACAUGAGAUUAGUCAGGUUAGGUCUGCUAUGGGGAUCAUUGAUACAGUGAGUGGUGGAGUUGUAGAGCUUGAGAGGGGAGUUGAUCAAGGAGUCUCUACUCUCCGACGUGUCCUAGGACUCCAACAUAAAGUUCACAGAAAUGAUCCUUUUAGAUUUCAACGGAUACGGCAUCAGUUCUCCGAGGAGCUUGAGCACAUUCAUCAGCAGCUAGAUCAUUCUGCUGCUCAAAUACUUCCACGCCAGGGGCCGCACACGAUUCAUUUUCUCGCUGAGCAGCCUCUUCUAGUCGUCUUCUUUAUAACUCUGAUUGGAACCAUCAUUGCGUGCGGAAUAUCUGCCAUUGUUCAAACUAAUCUCCUGAGACAGGAUUCGAAAGCAAUUACUGAGCUGCAUGAUGCCGGUAAUCUGAUAACUCUUGUUGGAGAUGUUGCUAUCAAUGAGGAGUUUGGUGAACCGAGAUUGGAGAUUGAAAAAAUGGAUUCUCAAGAGAAUGCCAAGGAAGAUUUGAUAGAAAAGGAAGACAUCAAAUGCGCUAGUAAAGAUUCAAGAUUUUUCGGUCAAAGAAUUGGAGGAGAUAGAAUGACCAGAACUGCUGAUGAAUGCAGCGAGCUAUGCGCCCAGAAUGAGGAUUGUAAGUAUUGGACUUGGUUCCAAAAAAAUGAGAUGAUUGAUGCAUUUGAGAAUGUGAUUGAUUCAUUAGAAGAUGAACAUGAUGAUUUGGAGGAGAAGAUUAUACAAGAAGAUGAGGAGGAGAAAGUAGAAAAAGUGGAAAGAAAGGAAAGAAAGAUUGAAUUUAAGAAGGAUAAGGAAGAAAGAGAAGAUGAUAAUAGGAAGAAAAAGGAGGGAGCUUCGGAAAAAAUAAAAGAGGAAAACAAGAAGGAAUUGAAAGAAGAUGAAGGUGAAAAAGAGGAAGAGCUGAAAGUAGAUGAAAAAGAGGAAGAAUUGAAAGAAGAUGAAGAUGAAAAAGAAAAAGGGAGAAAAGAAGAAGAAUUGAAAGAAGAUGAUAAAAAUGAAGAGACGACAAAAACCUGUUGGUUACUCCGAACUAAGACUCUGAGUAAGAAAGCGUCUGGAGUUGUAUCGGGACACCUUGAUUGUUAAUAUUCAACAGAAUAUUAUUUGCAUCAAUUUAAGUAUUUAAGAUAUUAAAAAUAAUUCGUAAGACGAUUUGUACGUUCAUUUUUUAAAUCUAAAUCAUGACAAAAUUCUCAUUAUUCCAAACUUUUGAAGUUACAUAAAUAGUCGGAAACCAA